AAAUCACUUCCGGGUGUGUCGGUCACGUGAUGCUGCCGCCCACAUUCUUGCUAUUGCAUUCUUGGCUUGUUUUUGUAACGCUAACAUCUCUUGUUUGUUGUCAGCUGCAUGUGAGGGAAAAUGUCCUUUUAUAGGAACGCCGUUUGGUUUAUGAAAGGACUACAGGAGUACACGAAGAGUGGUUAUGAAACUGCAGCCAAGCAUUUUGUGCCUUCUGACCUGGACGUAAACCUGAGUGGAAGAUCCUUCAUCAUCACCGGAGCCAACAGUGGGAUUGGGAAAGCUGCAGCACAGGAAAUCGCCAGCAGAGGAGGAACUAUUCACAUGGUCUGUCGAGACAAAGGACGAGCUGAAGCAGCUAAAGCUGAAAUCAUAGCAAACAGUAAAAACCAGAAUGUUCAUGUCUACAUCGUUGACAUGUCGAGUGCGAGGCAGGUGUGGGAGUUUGCACAGAGCUUCUCUCAAAACAACGUGGUGCACGUGCUGGUCAACAAUGCAGGCUGCAUGGUAAACCAGAGAGAGCUGACUGAGGAGGGUUUGGAGAAGAACUUUGCUACAAACACACUUGGGACUUACAUCCUCACAACUGCACUGAUUCCUGCACUGAAGAAGGUUGAAGAUCCAAGAGUGAUCACCGUGUCAUCCGGAGGCAUGCUCACUCAGAAGCUCAACGUGGACGACCUCCAGUUUGAGAAGGGGACCUUUGACGGCACCAUGGCUUAUGCUCAGAAUAAAAGACAGCAGGUGAUCCUCACAGAGAGAUGGGCCUUUCAGCACAAAGAGAUCCACUUCUCCUCCAUGCACCCGGGCUGGGCCGACACACCAGCCGUGCAGUCGUCUAUGCCUUCAUUCCACGCUAAGAUGCAGUCCCGGCUGAGGUCAGAGGCCAUGGGGGCCGACACGGUGGUGUGGCUCGCUGCGUCUGCUGCUGCUACUCAAAAUCCAAGUGGACUCUUCUUCCAGGAUCGUAAGCCGGUAGCGACACACCUGCCCCUCGCCUUGUCCCGCUCCUCCCCCCAGGAGGAGGAGAAGCUGCUGGUGGAGCUGGAGGAGUUCGCUCUCAAGUUCAAACCUUGAUGCCUGUGAACUCUCUGCGUUUUAAAUCCUUAAACACUCGCUGAUCACCAGCUAUGUUUGCAUGCUUGUGUCGAUCAGCUAAACACGUUUGAUACCUCAGAGACAAAUAUGUAUGUAAAUGAAGUGUUUUGUACGGUU